ACUUUAUUUUUAGUCUUUGAGGAGGUUUCGCACCGUACGGAGCUCUGCUGCCGCGCUGGAACGCCGUCGAUAGUGUUUGGUGUAUGCGUGAGUGUGUGCAUGUGUGUGUGUAUGUGCAGGUGUCGAUAAGUCGGUUCGAAAUUGUUCGGUGAAGAGAUCUGUGUACUUCAACCGUGUGUACAAAUCGGCGUGUGUUGUUUUUGCGACGACAUAUAUUAUUAGCACUGAUACUUUCGCUGAGAAAGGCGUGCAGUUAGUUGAAAGUGAAAAGCGUACUGUUACAAGUGAUAAAGUGUAGCAUAAUUGAAGCCUCUCCUUGUGGUGGUAGUAAAGUGUGACUGUGCUGUGGGAUACUUUUCCACGCUAGUAGUAGAGCAGAGCUGGUGUUGGCCCGUAUCUCUGGUGUGGCGUACUUGAAGGCGUUUCUUGAAGCAACCAGUUUCCUAUCUCACUCGACAAAACACAACAAAUCGUGGGAUGAUUUUUGGUUUCGCUUAGCGCACACUUGCACAGCACUGAAUAGAACACUCGCACCAAAAUAAAACAGAAGGCGACUCAGCAUCAUCAAACUGAAAAAAAAAAACAUCACACCACAGAUAAACAUAGGCACUUACACUUACCGAUCACGGCAUACCGCAAGUGGCCGCCCCGAAUGUCACUACUCAAAGCAGGCGGACGAGCGUGGAGCCGCCCCGGUGCGCUGCUACGUUGGGUGGCCCUUUGCCUCCUGGUUGGCGGCACGGUGGCCGAUCCAACGGUUGGCGAUCCGUACACUAAUCCGUUCACACGCGAGGACGAUGAUACGUUGCUUUGCGUGAAGGACAUGGGCUGCUUAGGUAGUAAAGACCGCCUGUCCAAGGAGGACAUGGACUUUCUCAAAUCGCACACCCGAUACGACGAGUCCACAAUCAAGGAAUGGUACAAAGGCUUCAAGCAAGAUUGUCCAAACGGCAAGCUAACGCCGGCGAAGUUUGUAGAUAUGUACAAAAUGUUCUUCCCGUCAGGCAAUGCAGAAGAGUUUUGCGAUCACGUCUUUCGAACGUUCGAUAUGGAUAAGAACGGUUAUAUCGAUUUUAAGGAAUUUCUGCUAGCGAUCGAUGUAACCUCGAGCGGCACGCCGGAAGAGAAACUAAAAUGGGCGUUUAGGAUGUACGAUGUAGACGGUAACGGCGUAAUAGACAUUCAAGAAAUGACUAAAAUAGUGCAGGCAAUAUACGACAUGCUGGGCGCGUGCUCAUCGAACAAACCGGCCGACUCGGCGGAGGAGCGCGCGAAAAACAUCUUCGCCAAGAUGGAUGAAAAUAACGACGGUCAGCUGACGCAGGACGAGUUCCUGAAGGGUUGCCUGCAGGACGAGGAGCUGUCCAAGAUGCUCGCACCCUAAGCGGGGGGGGUGCACCCGGGUCGACGGGCACGAGUUAAACAAAAACACACACAACACUCACUUACACACCUGCCCGCCCGCCCUUCAUCAUUGCCAUAUAUAAGACACCAUACAAUCAUACUUUUUGCACACAUCCUAGAGCAACAAAAAAAGAACAUACACACUGAAACACAAGUCAGUAAAAUGUGGAAAAGAAGAAGCAUACACACAGAGAAGAAAGGUCAAAUUGAAACAGAGUAACGCAGCGAUUGCGAAACAGGAAACCAAUCGAGAGAAAAGGAGUAAAAAAAAGAGUGGAAAGUAAAAACAAACAUUACGAAACCUAGACAGAGAGAGAUGGGAAAGGGAAGAAGAUAAAGCAUAAUAGAGCAAGAUGACAGUACUAUAUAUAGAGAGAUAUAUUUAGAAGAAUAGUACA